GCGCAUCAUGCACGUAUAUCUACGUAAUCGGAAAUGUCGACCGCCAAAGAUCAGGAUCCGAACACGAGCCGUGCUGACUCGUCUUCGCGUUCGGAAGCUGAAUGGAAGAUGGCCCGCAAUACGCAUUCGGGUGUGCCAUGGAAGGCGGAAAGGGGUGUCUGCCGCCAAGACCACAUCAACAUAAGACGAGGUCCAUCAGCGGUUAGUGGUCAGUCAACGUGUGUCGGUCAGAUUAUAGCCCCUACAUCUCGAGUCCCCGUCCUCGACAUCAUUACGAACAACCCCCUGAAUAGCGAAUAAUGGCCACCGCUGCGGACAAUGGCCAGGCCAUGCUUGCCCUCCAACAGAAAUACACCGAAGAGGCGGCCAAGCGUCUCCGCUCGGACGGAAUCGCCCAGUUCGUCGAGCUCCAGGACGCCGAGUCGGACAGGUUCAGAGCACUGGGAAAGGACCCAUGGGCAGACCAUGAAGCGCUGAAUUCGCAGGACCCUCCAGUCAAGAACGGUGGGAGGUACAAGUUCGUCAUCCUCGGCGCAGGAUUCGGAGGGCUGCUCUUCGCCGUCCGCCUGAUCCAGGCGGGCGUGGCCAGCGGCCCCGACGACAUCCGGCUGGUCGACUCCGCGGGCGGCUUCGGCGGGACCUGGUACUGGAAUCGCUACCCGGGUCUCUGCUGCGACGUCGAGAGCUACACGUACAUGCCCCUGCUCGAGGAGACGGGCUACAUGCCCACAGCCAAAUACGCAUCCGGCCCGGAGCUCUUCGAACACGCCAACAGGAUCGCCGACAAAUGGGACCUGCGCGACAAGGCUCUCUUCCGCGCCGCCGUCACGAGCGCCGCGUGGGACGACGCCAGCAAUCUCUGGACCGUCAAGGCCACAGAAGACCGCGGGCCGGGCGAGAAACCCAUGGAUCUGCAGUUCCACGCUCAGAAUGUCCUGAUCGCCUCCGGCCUCCUCACGCGCCCGCAGAUCCCCAAGAUCCCCGGGCUCGACUCCUUCUCGGGGGCCAUGAUCCACGCCGCGCGGUGGGACUACUCGGUCACGGGCGGCAGCCCGACGGACCCGAACCUGACGGCCCUCGCGGGCAAGCGCGUCGGCAUCAUCGGCACGGGGGCGACGGCGGUGCAGGCCCUACCGCACCUGGCCAGGUCGGCCAAGGAGCUCUACGUCUUCCAGCGCACCCCCUCGGCCAUCCACCGGCGCGGCCAGCAGUCGACGGACCCGGACGAGUGGAAGGACAAGAUCAGCGCCAAGAAGGGCUGGCAGAGGGAGCGCAUGCUGAACUUCAACUCGUACGUCGAGAACGCCGCCAAGCCCGGCCAGGAGAACCUGACGGGCGACGGCUGGACCGAGAUGCCCGCGUACAGCGCCAUCGUCGGCGGGCCCUCGUGGGGCAUCGUGGCGCCGACCAUGGAGAGCAUCGGCGAGCACGUCGGGAAGCUGCACAUGCUCGACGUGCCCCGCAGCGAGGCCACGCGCGCGCGCGUCGACCAGAUCGUCGAGGACCCGGAGACGGCGGCGAGGCUCAAAGCCUGGUACCCGGUCUGGUGCAAGCGCCCCACCUUCAGCGACGACUAUCUCCAGGCCUUCAACCGGCCCAACGUCCACCUGGUUGACACGGACGGCAGGGGCAUCUCGUCGGCCACCGGGGCGGGGCUCGUCGUCGACGGGCGGGAAUACCCCCUCGACGUCCUCGUCCUCUGCACGGGGUACCGCACCCCCGCCGUCGCAAACGGCAGCCCCGCCGCCCGCACGGCCAUCGAGAUCCUCGGCCGCGGGGGCCGGUCCUUCGAGGACGGGUGGCGGGCCCGCGGCGCGGCGACCCUGCACGGUGUCUGCGCAAACGGGUUCCCGAACUUGUUCCUCGCGAGCACCACCCAGGCCGGCGUCGCCACCAACUUCGUCCUGGUCCUGGACGUGCAGUCGGCGCACGUGGCCCACGUCGUCGCCGAGGCGGAGCGCCGCGUCGGGGGGGCCGGGGAGCGGCCCGUCGUCGAGGCCUCCGUCGAGGCGGAGGAGGCUUGGUCGGCUGAGUGCAUGAGGCGCGCGCCGUGGUUCGCUGCCGUGGCGGGGUGUACGCCCGGGUACAUCACCUCCGAGGGUCAGGCGAUGGCUAGCCGUGACCCGGAGGAGAUGGCGAAGCAGAGCAGGGCCACGCCGUGGUGCGAGGGCAUGACGAGCUACGUCAGGGUCCUCGAGGAGUGGAGGGCUGAGGGGGGGUUGCAGGGGCUGGGGAUAACUGCGGUGCCGGCCCUUUGAGAUUCGGUCAC